AUGAAAGAAGCUACUCACAUGACUCCACAGUCUGUCAUAGAAAUUAAACAAGGUAAUCUAAAAGAAGAAGAUAAAAAGGAAAAUAAUAUAACAGAAGAAGAUAAAAAUAAAAUAAAAGAAGAAGAAAAACAAGAAGAGUUAAUUGAAAAUAUCUCAAAUUAUUAUGGAGAAGAAAGUAAAAUUAAGAAUUAUAUACGAGCAAAUGAGAUAGAAAAAAGAAGAAAAGAAGUUGAGUUAGGAAAAGAAAUUGAAGAAGAAAUAGCAAUGAUAAUUGGAGGAAUUAGUGAUGAUGUGAAACAAAUAGAAGUUAUUUCAAGAGAAAUAAUAGACAAGUGUAAGAAAGACAAAGACAAACGAGAAGGGAUUAUUAUGAAAAUAAUAGAAAGUAUGUUAAGGAAUGAAAUUGUUGUAACAACAAAUCCAAAUAGAGUUCAUGUUUAUGGAGAGAUAAUAGGAAAUAUAUGUUUUGAAUGGAAAGAAUAUCGAGAUCAAAUUAUAACGAAAAUAAGAAGCAUCAGUCCAGUAUUUAAUUCAAUAUAUCCAAAAAGAACAGAUAAGAUUGAAUAUGAAAUGAUAAUGAAAUAUAAAACAAAAGAAAGUGAUGAAAAGUAUUUUAACCGAAUACGACAUAGUUUUAAAAUAUUAACAGGAAUUUUAAUGAGUGAAGUAGGUGAUCAAACAAUAUUACUUGAUAUUGUGAUGAAUGGAAUGUAUAUGCAAUAUGAUAAUAAAGAAGUUUGUUUGGGAAGAGUUGGAGAUUUAAUUGGAAGUAUGGUUGAAAUUAUGCUUGAUGAGUGUGGGGACAAACUAAAACACACCGAAUACAUGCCUCGUGUCAUUCAAACGAUUAAAGAGUAUUUACCUAUUGCACAAAGUCAUUGGGAAGGAAAAGGACCUCAAGGGGAUUAUGUCAUGAGAAAAAUUAAAGUUCUUCUCCAACGAUAUGAGAAGAACCUUCCCUUCAACAAGAAAGUCGUUGACUAUCAAAAAGAACUUGCUGAUUAUAAAAAACAAAUAGGUUUAGAAAGUUGUGUUUGGGAAAAUACUACUAAAAUUAAAGUUGUUGACACUAAUGAGAUUCACAGUAAAGACAAUAUCACCACACAAGAGAAUGAGGAAGAGCAUAAAGACAAUAUCACCACAGAAAGGAUUGAAGAAGAAUCCAAUAAAAAUACAAAAAACAAGAAGAGGAGAAGAAAGAAGAAAACCAAGAAAAUACAGAAAACCAAGAAGAAGAUAAUAAAGACAAUGCUAAUACAAAAGAGAAUAAUGAAGAAGAGAAGGACAAAGAAGAAGAAAAGAGAAAAAUACUUGAAGAUGAUCCAGAAGCUGAAGCUGAUAUUUAUUUUAAACCAAUCAUUGAAUUAA